UGUGCGUGUGUGUGUGUGUGUGAGUGAGAGAGAGAGAGAGAGAGAGAGAGAGAGAGAGCUCAUCUCUGCGGUUUUGAUCUCCGACUGCGUGCACCUGUCUUUACACACGGAAUUUUCCCCCAAUCUCCAUCACCGACAGAGACAAGCGAGCGAACGAGGGAAACGAGCGUGUUGUGCUGCAAUCUCACGGAAAAACACGACUGUACAAAGGAUACACAGGCGCAGGGUGUUAAUCCCCCCCCAAACUCUCUCCGUUUCAUGAGCGCGGAUAUCGUGCGCGCGGGUCGGAAGCUGGCUGGCGCGGUAACAUGGAGCUGGUUGGCGCGCGAAGCUUUUGCUUGUUCUGCGUCGUCUCGCUCGUGCUGCUUGUAGCUGAAGGCAGGAGGCGGACGACGCGGUGUCCCGCGACCUGCACGUGCACCAAAGACACCGCGCUGUGCUCGAGCAGCUCCCCCAUUCCGCGCGGCUUCCCUCCCGACGUCAUCUCACUAUCCUUCGUGAAGUCCAGCUUCAGCGAAAUCCCCAAGGAGAGCUUCGUUCACAUCCCAGCACUCCACCUCCUACUUUUCACAGCCAAUUCGUUUGAGUCCAUCAGUGAGGACGCCUUCCUUGGUCUUCCACAUUUGGAAUACCUGUUUAUUGAAAAUAAUCAGAUCAAUUCGAUAUCACCUUUUGCCUUCCGAGGUCUCAAGUCCUUAAUACACUUGAGCCUUGCCUUCAACAAUCUGGAGUCUCUUCCAAAAGAUCUUUUUAAAGGCGUGGACACCUUGACAAAAGUUGAUUUGCGUGGAAAUCUGUUCACCUGCGAUUGCAAACUGAAGUGGCUGGUGGACUGGAUUUACCACACGAACGCAACCGUAGACCAGAUAUACUGCAACAGCCCUCCAGCCUAUCAAGGAAAGAAAAUCAACGAUCUUACUCCACAGUCAUUUGAUUGCAUAACUACUGAUUUUUCUUUACUGAAGUCUCUCGAGUUUCAGUCCAUUUCAGUGGAGGCUUUUAUUUUCGGUGGUGACCAGUAUGUGGUGUUUGCCCAGCCUUUCAUCGGAAGAUGUAGCUUCAUGGAAUGGGAUCAUGUUCAAAUGGAAUUUCGGAAUUUUGACAAUAUAACAAGCACCUCCACUGUUAUUUGCAAACCUCUGGUGAUCGAUGAGCAGCUGUUUGUCAUAGUGGCUCAGCUCUUUGGUGGCUCCCACAUCUACAAGCGUGACAUCUCUGCCAACAAGUUCAUCAAACUCCAAGACAUUGACAUCCUAAAAAUCCGCAAGCCUAACGACGUUGAGGUGUUUCGCCUGGACGGAGAAUCCUUCUUUGUCAUUGCCGACAGCUCCAAAGCUGGUUCUACCACUGUGUACAAGUGGAAUGGCAACGGCUUUUACUCACACCAGUCACUGCACCCGUGGUACCGUGACACGGAUGUUGAAUAUCUAGAAAUUUCUGGCAAGCCGCACCUGAUAUUAUCCAGCAGCUCGCAGCGGCCCGUCGUCUACCAGUGGAACAGGAGCUCCAAGCUGUUUGAAAGACGCACCGACAUACCUGAGAUGGAGGAUGUCUAUGCCGUGAAGCACUUUCAAGUGAAGGCUGAGCUCUAUGUGUGCCUAACACGAUUCAUUGGUGACUCCAAAGUGAUGAAAUGGGACGGCACCAUGUUCGAAGAGGUCCAGAGUGUGCCGUCGCGAGGCUCCAUGGUCUUCCAGCCCUUCACUGUGGCAGACUGGCAGUACGCCAUCCUAGGCAGCGACUACUCCUUCACGCAGGUGUACCGCUGGGAUGCCAAGAAAAGCCAGUUCAUUCAUUUCCAAGAGCUCAACAUCCAGGCCCCACGAGCCUUCCUGCUGGUGUCCAUCGAUAAUCGAGAGUUCCUCCUGGCUUCCAGUUUUAAGGGGCAAACACGCAUAUAUGAACACUUGAUUCUUGACUUAAGUGAUUGAAUGGGAAAAAGGGAGGGCGAAUGAGUUACCAGUGAUACUUUCCACUUUGUGGGUAAAUACAGGGAAGGUGCUGAGAAAACAGAGAUGCCUCCCAGCUUGAGAACGGACCACAUGGGUAGCACAUAUGCAUGCCAAUGCCUUUAGGUAGGUGUCCACCAUCGCUUGAAAUCCAUACUAUUCAGCCAAGCCAUGCUCUAACACUUCACUGAGUGUUUUGUUAUCGUAACUAAAAGAGUUCAGAUUUUGUUGAUUAUCGUAAACACAGCUACUGAAAAUAGACCUUCAAUUCUAUUCUAUUUAUUAUCCUCUUUGAAACAAGCAAAUACGCUAAAUUCUAUGUUUACAUUUUAUCCCUGCUUUCCAUUUGUAAACUGAAUAUGUAUUACGCUUUUGUAAGAUGUGGGGCCAAACCAGCAAAAGAAUUUGAUAGGAUUUUGAAAUUAUUUUUAUUGAUGUUGGUUUGUAUAAUCUGUAAACGCAACUAAAGACACUGUUUUAAUUAUUAACUCCAGUAAAAGUUAUGUGAUUUAAAAUUUUUAACAGACCGUACAGUACUCUAUUUGGACCAACAAUCAUUUUCCACGCUCAUGUUCAUUCAAUUUAUUAUGCCUGCAUUGUUUGAAACCAAAGGUGUAAACUUUGAAGCCAUGGUUUUAAAUUGAAAUAAAAAUUCCAACACAUUA